CCAUGAAGCCGCAGCCGAUUGGCACCAAAACGUGGCCGUGCGUAACGGACUCUGCGUCUUUUCAGGAGGAGCUGGUUGCUGCCAUACACGGCGCAUUUGAAGUCGCCGUGGAGGUCGCAGUUCGGGAGGUGAAACAGCUCGUUGUUCAGGCCACCAGCGACAUGUACGGAGAGCUGCGCCGAGAGAACGAGUCCCUGAAACAAAGGCUGCAGAGAGCCGAGGCUCUGUUGGACUCUGUGCGUACAGAGGGGAGAUGUAGCAGCCCUCCUCCUGCAAAGAAACUCUUUAAUGGCACAAAGCGCGCAGACCCACCGCUUUACCCUAAUUGUAGCCAGAAAAGCCCAAAUCCUGCUCACAGCUGUACGGGGGUCAGAGGUGAAUCUCCUCCUGCACAUCAGCCUCUGAACUCCCAACAGAGACACAUGGGCAGAAAUGAACAGACAUCAAGCAGUGAUGUGAAGAGACAAUGUGUCAAUGAUGCAGAUGCAGAGAGGGAACGAAAUAAUGGAUAUACUAAUGAGGUCACUGAAGACAUUUUGCACACAUGUGCAGUGAAGGUAGAAAGCAUGACUCUGCCGUGUCAACACCCACAAGCUCAAGACUGCAACUCGCCACCGCUUCCCAGCGUUGACAACAAGUCCACGUUGGAGCAGGUUACUGUAAAGCAGGAGAAGCCAGAGGACGAGAGGGAUGGUUCAUCGUGCUGCUUGGACUCCAUUAAAGUGGAGGAUUUUAGUUUAGAGUGUAUGUCUGCAGCCCAGUCCAAAAUGCUGGAGGAGUGGAAUCCAGAAGUGCCGGAUAUCCAAGACCCAAACGCUCGGCUGUGCAGCGCUGGACUGGAUCAGGCUCACCCUCCAAACCUGACCACCGACCUCCCGCCACCCUCAGAUCUUCCAUCUCUUUCCUCAGACUUCCCGAACAUCCUCCAGCUGGCAGAACAAGCUCCCAUAUCAGAAGCUCCUCCGCAGGUUUACGGAGUCCAUGUCCGAACCGGCCGCAGCCUCAGCCACGCUGUCGCCGCCCUCUACGCCUGUAAGUCCUGCGGUCAGACCUUCCACCUGCCCAGCCUGCUGCGGCGGCACCACAGCCAGUGCCAGCAGAGGAUCCAGCAGCGAUGUCCGCAACCCGUGACGGGAAACAAGAGGACCAGACUGCAGCUUUACCCGCCGGGCUGCAGCCCUUUCCGCUGCACGGAGUGCGACCGAGAGUUCAACCGCAUGGAGAACCUCAAGACACACCUUCGCAUCCACACCGGUGAGAGGCCGUAUACCUGCUCGGUGUGCUCCAAGUGUUUCCGGCACUCUGGGGCGUUAACCAGACACUUCCGCAUCCACACUGGAGAGAAGCCUUACAUCUGUGGACAGUGUGGGAAGUCUUUCAGAAACUGCGGGGGGCUUAAAUUCCACCAGCGUUCUCACAGCAAGCAGCUACAGUAGAGUGGGACUUCUUUAUUCAAGGUGUAAACAGCUGAUUUAUGCAAUGCUCACUAUGUUUAAAUUUGAUAUUUUUCUGUACAAAAUCUAUUUUGGAGAGUUUUACAGUCUGCAUUUGUGAAGCUGGACAGAUAUCUGAUAAUUUUGCUUGAUAUACAGCUUCAGGAAUCCAGUGUAAAAGAAUAGCAAUGCAGAAAACAACAUUCCCAAGUACAAGGAUGCAUCAUGAGUUUCUACGGUGGAUCAUCAUAUUGGAGUCUCUCCGGGACUAAUUUCAACUCCUAUCCUAAUUCCCUUUGAGACAGUAUUGAUUUACAGUGACUCACCCACAAAGCAGCCUUUUAACUAAUUCUAAGAACUUAAGUGUAUCAUAUUGAGGCAACAACUGUCAAAAAUGACACAUUCUUUGGUUUGAAUAAAUUUGUACUGAACCAAAAUAUAAACGCAGCAUGUAUUACUUUAUUAAACUCAGUCUAUUAGUUUUUGUACCCUUGGGGAAUAAGAAUUUGUUGCUCCAACACUCGGCAUCCCUACAACAGAAUGGACUUCAUGAAGCAACCAAGUAUGACUGUUGUGGAAAUGGUAAUGGGCCGAUCAAGAGUGGGGUGAUAGACCAGAAAUCACAAGUCAUUAUCCAGCCACACAUCUCCAACACAAACACUAACUGAUGCUUUCGAUGCUGCUUGUGAAAUAUUCCCGAAGGGCUCUCUGAAGCUGACAAACAUUUUUGAGGAACAGGAUCAUAUUGUCGGACGCGUCAAUCCAGAGAUUGUUGGUUAUUGUCUGAAAGAAUUUCUUAAGUGAAAAAUGGUGGAGUUGUGGAUAUUCAAGUGCCUGGCUACUCUUCAUGUCUUUCUUUUGUCAUCUGUGGCAUUGUGUCAUUCAAAUAAAGCUCCAUUUUAAGGUGGUCUUUCAUAGUCACUGGUCAACAAAGUGUUUUUGUCCUGGUCGCACUAUCUGAUCAUUGUCCUUGAUAGCCCCGGCCUGACGAGGAUGUGGAUUAACUCAGUGGUCAAGAAUUUGUGUUAAGAAAAAAGACAACUAACUUUUUAUUUAUUUUUCAGAAUUGGCUAAAUUUAACCCUUUUCCAACCACAACAGUAUAACCAGUGUAAUGUUUUUCACACAGUUAGAAACAAACACUAUUUGCAUGCUGCGUCUAUAUUUUUUCAGUGUAAUUAGCUUUAUGUCAGUAGAAAUGAUCCAGAUUCUGAAUUUCCCUUCUGGGAUAAAUAAAGUAUUUUUCAUUUCAUUUCAUUCAGUACCUAUAUGAUCACCGAGGUUACCAUUUUGUAUGUGACUGUUCAGCUGUAAUCUGAAGCCUUUUAGUGUUUUUCAAAGUGCCAUUUUUCUUACUUGCUUUCUGAUUUUUAUUAAAGGAAGUCACUGGCUGGGCCAGUUUGUGUUUCCUAAUUAGUCAUGUUUUUGUAAUUAUUUGUUUUUGUGCUUUCUAAAUAUGAAUUAUAUUGUGACUAUACUAUGGAAAAUAAUGUUAUUGGCUUAAUAAAUUGAUUAGAAAAUG